AUGGCUGUACCAAUGAAUACAACAAUAACAGUUUCAUGCAACAUACCCAACGAAUAUUCAGGACCAACAAUUGUCCACAGUACAGGUGUCAAAAAUUAUCGUAUUCAACCUGAACUUAUUCGAAUUUUACAAGAAGAGUUUACAAAUGAAAGAUUACGUGAUCAUAGAGAAGGCGUUGAAUGUGAUGAUCCACCAGCAAACGUUGUUCAAGCAUUUGAGAAGGCUGGAUUUUCUGUAAAUGGGACAUCAGAAUCUGGUGGCCGCAAAAUGUGGACGUUAAUAAACAGAAGUGGAGGUGGUGAUGAAGAACAUGAUCAAGAACCAGAACCAGAACCAGAACCAGACGAAGACCAAGAACAAGAGGAUGAAGGAGAAGAUUAA